AUGGAUAAUUUUCAAGAAGAAGAAGAUCAAAUCUACGAUGAAAUCAAGGAGAUUUGUAAAAGAACAAUGGAACUUAUGAAACACCUCGACGACAAAUUUGUUGAAAAUCAUAUGCAUGUUGAGUAUUUUGAAUAUAUGGAUCGGGGCGAAGCGACCUUUUUGAUUUCCUUUCUGAUUACCGAAUUCAUGCAAAAAAACUAUAAAGUUAGUUUUCUUGAGAAAAACAAUCUCUGAAAUAAAAAUGUUCAUUUUUACAGCACAGUUGGGCAUUCAUUCAAAGCAUGCAAAUUGGAUGGAGAAACUCCAAAACUUUGACGAAUUCACCCAAAAACAAAGCAGUUGCUGUUUGGUAUGCUAUAAACUACUUAAAACACGCUGUAAGUUAUUCCAAAUCGAAAUUCCCAAAAAAAAAUCCAUCUCUGUUUUUUUUCAGAAUUUUGUUCUCAAUGAGGAAAUUCCUUGUCUUCAAGUCGAUCAACUCGGCGAACCCAUGGAACAUGGUUUUUCAGACAGCUGUUGA